AUGUCUACCGUAUACCCCAACGACAGCUCCACAACGGCAUCAUCCUCUACGGCGUCUCCUAAGGCCCAUGCCGGCGGCGUGUCUCCCCGGCCACUGGAGGAGGCCAUCGUCGAGAUCCACAACAUCUGCCUCGCCGCCACUCAGAGACAUCUCGAGUCGCUCAGCGUGAACUGGGAGCUCCGCCAGGGGAACGAGAUCCUGAUCCAGUCGGGGCACGCGGGACCGACCAGGCGCCUACGUGACCGUGCAUGCGCACGCGACUCGCCGUACCCAUCCCCGCGGCGGAAAAGGCGGGCGCUCAGCGAAAACAGCGGGCUGGAGCUAGGCGACCAGCACAUGCAGCCUGCCUGCCCCAUACCCGCUCCCACGAACUCGCUGCUCCAGAACACGUCACACAUCUGCGAGCUCCUCUGGCGCCGGGCAUGCCGGGACCGCGGGGACGUCCUGGGUGCCGAGGCCGCCGCGUUGCGCAGGAUGGGCCUCUUGGUCGGGUGUGCGGAGGCCGUGGUCCUCUACGAUGCGUCCGAGUGGGAAGGGGACCCGGGGAAGGGGUUCUACGCGGCGUGCCGGGCGGGGCGGGACUUUUGCGCGGAGCUCGGGGACUCGCGCGGAGCUGGGAGGGUUGAGGUCAUCGGUUGGGGCGGGGUGGAGGAGUGA